AUCAAUUAGAAAAAGAAAAAAAGAAAAAGAAAACGAAAAAAAAAAUCACAGAAAAAAUGGAGGUUUGGUUCAUCGUCCUCAUCUCGCUCUGUAUCUGCUCGCUUCUAAACUCCAUUUUUGGGCAAUUUCGAAGCUCCACCAAACUCCCGCCGGGCCCUCCCUCAAUCCCCAUCAUCACCAAUAUCCGAUCGUUCGCCCGAUCCCCUUUCGAAGUGGAGUCCCUCCUCCGCACCGCCGUCGCCAAAUACGGCCCCAUCGUCACCCUCCGCAUCGCCGCCCGCCCCGCCAUCUACAUCGCCGACCGUUCAAUCGCCCACAAGGCCCUCGUCCGCGACGGCGCUCUCUUCGCCGACCGCCCACCGGCUCCUCCCAUCACCAAGAUCGCCUCCAGCAACCAGCACAGCAUCAAUUCCGCCUCCUACGGCCCUCUCUGGCGCCUCCUCCGCCGCAAUCUCACCUCCCAAAUCCUCCACCCUUCGCGGGUCCGGUCCUACGGUCGGGCUCGCAAGUGGGUUCUGGAUAUUCUCAUCAAUCGCCUUCUCUCCCACUCUGAAUCCGGAACCCCUGUUAACGUUGUCCAGCAUUUUCAAUACGCCAUGUUUUGUUUGCUGGUACUGAUGUGCUUUGGGGAUAAGCUUGACGAAACCCAGAUCAGAGAGGUGGAGAAAGCGAUUCGAUCCAUGCUGUUACGAGUUGGGCGUUUCGGCGUCCUCAAUUUGUGCCCCACAUUGAGCAAGAUUUUCCUCCGAAAGCGGUGGGAGGAGUUUUUCGAAUUGAGGAGAAACCAAGAGAAAGUCCUGAUUCCUCUGAUCGAGGCCAGAAGGAAAGCCCAGAAAAACAGAGCCGCCCAAAUUGAAGGAGGAGGAGGAGAAGAGGAAUUCGUGUUGUCGUACGUGGAUACACUCCUCGAUUUGAAGCUCCCCGAGGAGGAAAACAGAAGCCUAACGAAUAGCGAAAUGGUGACUUUAUGCGCCGAAUUCCUCAACGCCGGCACCGAUACCACCUCCACGGCCCUGCAGUGGAUAAUGGCGAAUUUGGUGAAAUACCCAGAAAUCCAACGCAAGCUUUUCGCGGAAAUCGAAGGGGUCAUGGGAAAGGGAGAGGAGGAGGUGAAGGAAGAAGAUUUGGGGAAAUUUCCAUAUCUGAAAGCCGUGGUUCUAGAAGGACUAAGAAGACACCCACCGGGGCAUUUCGUGCUGCCACACGCAGUGAAAGAAGACACGAAUCUGGAGAACUAUGUGAUUCCAAAGAAUGGGAUGGUAAAUUUCAUGGUGGGGGAGAUGGGUCUGGAUCCACAAGUGUGGGAGGACCCGCUGGCGUUCAAGCCGGAGAGGUUCAUGGAAGAAGAAACGGGGACGGUGGCGGCGUUUGAUAUAACAGGGAGUAAGGAGAUAAAGAUGAUGCCGUUCGGAACAGGGAGGAGGAUUUGUCCAGGACUUGGCGUGGCGAUGCUUCAUUUGGAGUAUUUUAUUGCGAAUUUGGUAUGGCGAUUUGAGUGGAAGGCGGUGGCCGGAGACGACGUGGAUCUGUCGGAGAAGAUAGAGUUCACCGUCGUGAUGGAAAAGCCUCUCAAAGCCCACGUAAGUUCAAGGUUUUAAAUUCGCCUUAUUUUCGUCUCUAUUUACAACCAUUUUUGAAAACCGAAGGAAAUUUGUAUUUUGUUUUAUUUUAUUACAAUAUUAUGCUGCAAAACAGGCAUGCAUGUGUAUUAAUUAACACAAAUGCAUUUGUUUGUUUGAUAGUUUUAUAA